GGCCGCCCCCCGCCCCUCCCUUGGCCUCUGGGCCCGCGGCCCGCCGCCCGCCUCCACCCACCGCCGGCAGGGCGAUGGUUUCUCCAGGAAGCGCCGGGGCUGCCUCCGCUUCCUCCGCCGCCGUCGCACCGAGGAGCUGCGGCAGCCGCUAGGGCUUGAGAUCAGACUACCAUUCUUGUAGACAGAUGCAUUAAGAAGGGAACCGAGACAAAAGCUGUUCCUUCUCAGAGUGAAAGUAUCCAAAAGUCAACAUGUCUAGCAAAAAAGCAAAGACGAAGACCACCAAGAAGCGCCCUCAGCGCGCCACUUCCAAUGUAUUUGCAAUGUUCGAUCAGUCACAGAUUCAAGAAUUCAAGGAGGCCUUCAACAUGAUUGAUCAGAACAGGGAUGGCUUCAUUGACAAGGAGGACUUGCACGACAUGCUUGCCUCCCUCGGAAAGAAUCCAACGGAUGAAUACCUGGAUGCCAUGAUGAACGAGGCUCCGGGCCCCAUCAACUUCACAAUGUUCCUCACAAUGUUUGGGGAGAAGCUAAAUGGCACCGAUCCGGAAGAUGUCAUCAGGAAUGCUUUUGCUUGCUUUGACGAAGAAGCAACAGGGUUUAUUCAAGAAGACUACCUGCGGGAGCUGCUGACCACGAUGGGAGACAGGUUCACAGAUGAAGAGGUAGACGAGCUCUACAGAGAGGCACCAAUCGACAAAAAGGGCAAUUUCAACUACAUUGAAUUCACACGCAUCCUUAAACAUGGAGCAAAAGACAAGGAUGACUGAGCAAAUCCCUGCAUACCUGUAGCUUUUUGUUUUUUGCUUUUUUUUUUCCCUCCCCCUUGGGACCUUUUUUUUUUUUUUUUUUUUUUUCUUGUUGGGACCCUUUGCAUACAUUUUUGGCAUUUCAGCUUUGGCCUCUGUAGACUGUGGGACUGCUCAGGCACACCUGCACUCUUGCAGUAAGACUGGAAAUGUGCAGGGAGAGAGGACGGCUUAGAGUGAUAGAGGUUUAGGAACAAAGAUUUGGGGUGGGGAGGCACAUAAAAAUGUCGGUGUUACUCAUUCCAGCUAGAUUUUUGCAGUUUAUGGUAACUUUUUCAAUAAAACACCGCUGUAUUAAAUAUGUCAUUAAACAGUUUCAUGCUAGAAGUGGGCUGUUUAUCUAAUCAUUUCUGUAAAUAUUUUUGCAGCGGUAUAUGGUCCUGGUGUUAUCUAUUUUUGCCUUAAAAAUGAAGCGUAAGUCACUUAGGCCUACUGAAUUUGUAGGUCAGUGACUGAGUACUUCAUUUCCUACUGUGAGCAUAUACAAUGAAGAAAUUCACAUCCUUCACAUUUUAGUACAUUGUAAAUUAAUGAGUUUUGUCCUAGACUUGCACAUUAAAAUUUUAAAAUCCUAUGGGUGUAAUUGAGAUGGUAUUUCACUAUUAUCUUAACUGCUUUGUUUCUUGACACUGAGUACAAUAUUAAUACUGCUUUUUAAACUUACAUGGUGAAUCCUAGUGCUUUCUGUAAAAUAAAAAAAGUCUAUGUAGGAGCAGA